CUCGGCGGUGGGGGCUGUAGCCAGGAGCAGGGCGGCCGGUCCCUGGAAGAAGUGCUGGGGAGCGCGGGGAUGCUUCGUGAGAGCCUGCUUCCCGGUGCUUUGGCCCAGUACGUUAGCUGCUUAGAACUGGUGAACAAAAGACUGCCUUGUGGCCUCGCUCAAAUUGGAGUGUGCUUUCACUCCAUUCCAGAAAAUGAACAACAUAACAAAAGCAUUCUGAGAAUAGGCGAAAGGACCACGUCUUUGCUUGCAUGGUUUAGUUCUCCCAGAACUGCAGGACAGUGGCUCGAUUACUGGUUACGCCAGAGGCUCCAGUGGUGGAGAAGGUUUGCAGUAGGCCCAUCCAACUUCAGCAGCAGUGACUUUCAGGAUGAAGAAGGAAGAAGAGGAUUCAAUUUGCAAUACAGCUUUCCUUGGGGGACAGAAACAAUAGAAACACUGAAGAACCUCGGUGAUACUGAACUGUUACAGAUGUACCCAGGGGAUAGUUCAAAGUUACUUGGCCGAGAUGGAAGGAAGAAUGUUAUUCCUCACGUUCUGUCUGUGAGUGGAAAUCUGGACCGAGGAGUGUUAGCCUAUCUCUUUGAUUCUCUGCAGCUAGCUGAGAAUCCAUUGACAAAAAAGAAAACUUCACAGAGAAAGGUGCUUAAGCUUCAUCCUUGUUUAGCACCUAUUAAAGUGGCCUUGGAUGUAGGAAAAGGUCCAACGACAGAGCUGAGACAGGUUUGUCAAGGAUUGUUCAGUGAACUGUCAGAAAAUAGAAUUUCUGUAUGGCCGGGUUAUCUUGAAACCGUGCAGGUAUCUCUGGAACAGCUUUACACAAAGUAUGAUGAGAUGAGCAUUCUCUUCAUGAUCUUGAUAACUGAUGCCACUCUGGAGAAUGGAGUGGUCCAGCUGAGAAGCAGAGACACCACCAUGAAGGAAAUGAUGCACAUUUCUAGGCUGAAGGACUUUUUAACUAAGUAUGUAACAUCAGCCAAAAAUGUGUAAAUUUAAAUUUGUUGAAUAAAAGGAAUUUCUUAAACA